UGGCGCACCAGUCGCGAGCGGACGUUCAGGGAGGAGGGAGUGUGUCGGUGCCGGGAGGCUCGGGCGGGGAACGAACUCGGACAGUGCACCGCCGCCACGCGCUAGCCAGAACCGCGACCGUGUCUGGCAGACAUCGCUGUGCGAACGCGAUUGUCCAAAAGUCGCCUGCAAUCGGAAUCCGAGCUAGCUCGUCACCGCGACGUCACUUGAGCCGCGCACGGCGCGUGCGCGCUGCCCAUUCUCCGCCCUCUCCUGUGAUAUUAUGUCUGCGCUCGCGUGCUCCGAGCUUGCCGUCGCCAAGUGCUGCUAGUCUUCUCUCUCGGCCGCCGCGCAGUCAGAAUGCUGCCGAGCAGGGGCGGCAUGUUGCUGGGGUGUGCGCUGGCGCUGUGCGCCGCGCUUCAGGCGGGCCUGGUGGCUGGCCAGCUACCGCCGGAGUUCAACGACGGCAGCACGCACAUGAAACAGAAAAUUUGUAUCGGCACUAGCGGACGAAUGUCUGUGCCGGGAAACCGGACCACCCACUACCAGAACCUCAGGGAUCGCUACACCAAUUGUACCUACGUGGACGGCAACCUGGAGCUGACCUGGCUGCAGGACGACAGCCUCGACCUCAGCUUCCUCCAGUACAUCAGAGAGGUGACCGGCUAUGUGCUCAUCUCGUAUGUGGACGUCCGUCGCCUGGUGCUGCCUUCGCUGCAGAUCAUCCGCGGCAGGACUCUCUUCAAGCUGAGCGUUCGCGACGAGGAGUUCUCACUCAUGGUGACCAUGUCGAAGAUGUUCAGCCUGGAGAUGCCGGCCCUGAGAGAUAUUCUGGCGGGCAGCGCGGGCUUCUUCAACAACUACAACUUGUGCCACAUCAAGUCCAUCAACUGGGACGAGAUCCUGACAGGGCCGGGCGCUCACGACGUCUACGUUUACAACUUCACCGAGCGCGAGCGUAACUGUUCGAGCUGCCAUCCGUCGUGUCCUGCCGAGGGCGGCUGCUGGGGACCGGGCCCCGACAACUGUCAACAACUGAGCAAAAUCAACUGCUCACCGCAGUGUCACGGCGGUCGCUGCUUCGGCCCGGAGCCGCGUCAGUGUUGCCACCUGUUCUGCGCUGGAGGUUGCACUGGACCCACCCAGUCGGACUGCCUGGCCUGUCGCAACUUCUACGACAACGGCGUCUGCAAGCAGGAGUGUCCGUCCAUGAUGCGCUACAACUCGAUCACGUACUCGUGGGAGCCGAACCCGGACGGCAAGUUCGCGUACGGCGCCACCUGCGUGAGGGAGUGUCCCGAACAUCUGCUCAAGGACAAUAGCGCUUGCGUACGUGCCUGCCCAGCCAACAAGAAGGCCAAAAAUGGAGAGUGCGUGCCGUGCAACGGGCCAUGCCCCAAGACGUGUCCCGUGGACAAGCUUGAGAUCAUCCACGCUGGUAACAUCGACAAGUUCAAGAACUGCACGAUCUUGCAGGGUUCGCUCCAAAUCCUUCAGCAUUCUUUUGAUGGCUACCAAGAGAUCUACGAAAAUUAUACCUUCGGCCCUCACCAUGGCAAGAUGCAUCCGAGCAAGCUGGAAGUAUUUAGCACCGUCAAGGAAAUCACCGGAUUCGUCAACAUCGACGCCUACCACCCGGAGUUCCGCGACCUGGGCUUCCUUCGUCGUCUGGAGGUGAUCGGUGGACGCUAUCUGCACGAGUACUUCUCAGCUCUGUAUGUAGUGAAGACGUCCCUCGAAUCACUCCGUCUGGACUCGCUGCAAAAGGUACGCUCCGGAGGUGUGAUGAUCGUGGAGAACAAGAGACUCUGUUUCGCUGAGGGCAUCAAGUGGCAGGCCUUCAUCUCACGGGAACAGAAAUCUCAGUCCUACGACGUCAUGGUCGACAAAAAUCGCAACGCUUCUGAAUGUGCCGCCGACGGCCAGGUGUGCCAUGAGCAGUGCACCGAGGACGGCUGCUGGGCAGCCGGCGCCGACAGCUGUCUCCACUGCAAGCACUUCAGGGUCGGAGAGCGCUGCGUAGAAAAGUGCGACAAGACACUUGGCAUGUACCAGAAGUCCGAGGACACUUGUGCUAUCUGCCACGAGGAGUGCGACGGCCCGUGCACAGGCGAGGGUCCCGGACAGUGCGACCGCUGCAAGCACGUCAAAGACGGACCUUACUGCGUGGCACAGUGUCCAUCUACCAAGUACAACUCUUCGGGCGAGUGCCUUCCCUGUCACGAGAACUGCGUGGGUGGAUGUUCUGGGCCAGCCAACACGGUCGGAGAGGGCGGAUGCUUCAGCUGCGAAGGAGCCAUCGUCGGACCCAACGAGGAAGUGGAACGCUGUCUGAAUGUGAACGAGACGUGUCCGAUGGGGACCUUCCUGGAGUUCGUGGCACCUCAGAAGCAAGGACGUCUUCGGCCGUUGGCAGGCAAGAACAUCUGUCGUGGGUGCCACCCACGCUGCAAGAACUGCACCGGCUUUGGCUUCCAUAUCAACGUGUGCCACGAGUGCGUGCACUACCGCAGCGGCGAACAGUGCGAGGACGAAUGUGACGUCGACUUCUACGUCGACGAAGAGCGCCACGAGUGCCUCCGCUGCGCCGCCGAAUGCCAAGGCUGCUACGGGCCCGGCCAGCACUGCAAGACCUGUCGAAACUACCGCAUCUACCUGGAUUCGGCGGACGGCUCGUCCAACUCGUCGGCGUUCAACUGUACGACGCACUGCCCCGAGUCUCACCCGCACAAGAUCUUCCCCGGGGACGACCAGCCGCCGUACUGCUCCACCGAGCCGGGCGUGCUCCCGCUGCAUGGCGCCGAGGACAGUGUCACGAUCAUCGCCAGCUCCGUCUCCGUCACGCUGGUCUUCCUGCUCGUCAUCGUCACCUUCAUCAUCUGCAAGUGCCGCAGCGACCGCAAGAAGGAGGACAUGCUCAAGAUGACGAUGAUGAUGAGCAAGGAGGGCCUCAAUGAGCCGUUGAAGGUGACCAACGUCAAGCCUAACUUGGCCAAGCUGCGUAUCGUGAAGGAGAUCGAACUUCGCAAGGGCGGUAUUCUCGGAUUCGGUGCGUUCGGCACUGUCUACAAAGGCGUCUGGGUUCCCGAAGAGGAGAAUGUCAAGAUCCCUGUUGCUAUCAAGGUCCUCCGUGAGGGCACGGGAGCGGACACUAACAAGGAGAUUCUGGAGGAGGCCUACAUCAUGGCGUCGCUGGACCACCCGAACCUGCUCCCCCUGCUGGCCGUCUGCAUGACCUCGCAGAUGAUGCUGGUCACCCAGUUGAUGCCACUUGGCUGUCUGCUCGACUACGUGAGGAACAAUCGCUCCAAGAUCGGUAGCAAGCCUCUCCUGAACUGGUGUACGCAGAUCGCUCGCGGUAUGGCCUACCUGGAGGACCGGCGACUGGUCCACCGAGAUCUGGCCGCCCGUAACGUCCUGGUGCAGACACCCAACUCUGUGAAGAUCACCGACUUCGGUCUGGCCAAGCUGCUCGACAUCAACGAGGAGGAGUAUAAGGCGGCCGGUGGAAAGAUGCCCAUCAAGUGGCUGGCCCUGGAGUGCAUCCAGCACCGCAUCUUCAACCACAAGAGCGACGUCUGGGCCUUUGGUGUGACCGUGUGGGAGCUGCUGACGUACGGAGGUCGUCCGUACGAGAACGUGCCAGCCAAGGACGUGCCCGAUCUGCUGGAGAAGGGCGAGCGGCUGCCGCAGCCCACCUCCUGCUCCAUCGAGGUCUACAUGAUCAUGAUCAAGUGCUGGAUGUUGGACGCUGACUCGAGACCAAGCUUCAAGGAACUGGCCGACGAGUUUGCCAAGAUGUCCCGCGACCCGGGCCGGUACCUGGUCAUACCUGGAGACCGACUGAUGAGGCUGCCUUCGUACACACAGCAGGAUGAGCGAGAGCUGAUGCGAUCGCUGGCGGCGUCUGCGCUGGACGGACCCACGGACGUACUGGUCAACGCUGGCGAGUACCUGAACCCUCAGGGUCCGACGGGUUUCAGCACAGCGGCGCCCUCUCUCCGCUCCGGAUACCCCGCGUCGUCACUGGCGACGCUGCAAGACGAGCACGACGAGUGGGGCCGCGCGGCGUCGCCGGCCAGCAGGGCCAUCGACUCUCGUCGGCGACCCACCGACAGCAGCAAGUGCCGGUCCGGAUCGACGUCGUCCACCCCUGGAGACUGCCUGCAGGGACUCGAUUGCGACCAGGUGGACAACGACUGUUUCGAGCCGGCCGGCUACUCGUCCCUGCCGGUGGGCGGCGCCGCCGGCGGCUCGGCGGCCUCCUCCGGCCAGGCCACUGUGGCCGGUCUCAAGCUGCACCUGCCGCUGGAUGAGGACGAUUACCUGAUGCCGUCCAACGGCCAGCAGGCCGGCUACAUGGACCUCGGCGGACACCAGAAAGGUGACGCCGCCUCCUCUCAGGCGAGCUGCUCGGGCGAGCACCCGUUCAUGCUGAGCAUGGACAACCCCGAGUACCACAUGGUGGCCAGCCGAGGCCUGCUGCACGGCUCGCUGGCCGGUGGGCCGCCACACGGCUACAACCCCAACGGCUACGGCCCGGGCUACGGCGCCACGGCCACGUACGCGCCUCUCUCGGAGGCCAGCGGGCCGACGUACGCCUCCGGCCGCACCUCGGGCCAGCCGAGCUCCUUCGCCGGCACGCCGCCGGUCAGCGGCGCGUUCGGCGUCGCCGGCGGCCCGUCCACCGGCGCCUAUCCGAGCACCUCCCUGCCGGGCGGCGGGUUUCCGCACAGUGCGCCGCCCAGUGUGGCCUACCCGGCCUCCUCCGUGUCCAGUUCUGGAACGUUCGCGAACAGUGCUCCGCCGAGCGGCGCGUACCCCCCGUCUGGAGCGCUGCCGCCCGGCGGCACGUACCCCACCAACUGCUACGGCACCUCGUCACCCAACUCGGUGGGUGUGCCUGUGGCGGAGGGUGCCGCGAGGUGGGCGGCGCGGCGGGCGGCCGCCGAACAAAACUAUGAUUAUUACGGAGACGAGCGGUCGGCAGAGCCGUCUGGAGACGCUGAGGAGUGCCCCAGUGAGACGACCGUGUGAGUGACCGGCCAGGCGGCGCCAGCGUCGCCCCAGUGUGCUGCCUUGUCUGUGUACUACUGUGCCAAGUGUGUGCGGCCGGGACGGCGGUGGCGGUCCCGGCCCGCUGUUUAAAACGAAGUCGUGUGUGUCUGCUGGUCGGCUGGUGGAAACUGCGUGCCUAAGCGAUGAUUCAGUGUUUUGCCGAUCGUGCCGUUACUGUUUUCACUCGAUGUGCCUUCGUCGUCUGUGCCUCGUUAAUGGGUGUUUGACUUGUGACCAAGGGACUGCUGAAGUGGCGGUUCAAUGUGAUAGGGAGUUGACAUGGGCUACCGCCGUGCCGGGGAUAGCAGGGAUGUGCGGGGGUGGGCGGGAGGGAGCAAAUGAUACGACAGCCUGUUUUAUACAAAUGUAAGACGAUACGUGCCUUGUCAAUAUAGUACUUUAUCAUACUCGUAAAA